AUGGUAAUACGAUAUCUGCAGAGAUACGGUUAUUUAAACGAGAAGUUUGAUAAGUUAGCGAACAGCGAGGAUACAUUGGUUCUUCAACACGCAAUCAGCCUUUUUCAAGAGUACUACAAAUUACCCGUUACCGGCACGAUAAACAACGAAACUCUAAACCAGAUGAGUAAAUCGCGAUGCGGUCUACGCGACAUAGUGAAUUUCGGAGAGGAGGGUGAACAGAAAUGUAAGUGGCCGAAAAGACAUCUAACGUGGAAUUUUUACGUGGCCAACAAACCGCUCUUGGAUACGACUCAGGCGGCGUUCGAUGUGUGGCAGACGCAUUCGGCGCUAACAUUUGAGCGUGACGUUGCAAAUCCAAAUAUUCUUAUAUCGUGGCGCGAAGCCCGUCACACGUUCGUCGAGUCUCGAAACGGUGAAGUGUGCUCGAACCCUUUCGACGGUCCCGGCGGCACGCUGGCUCACGCUGUCUAUCCCAAUGGAGCGCCGGAUUCCACGUCGGAGAUUCACGUCGACAAGACGGAACCGUGGCACGUAUAUCUAGAUCUAGAUAAGGUUCCAUCGGACAAAUCGUAUUUGCUAUACAUGUUGACUCAUGAAAUCGGUCAUGCGCUAGGGUUAGAUCAUAGUACCAACAAUACGUCGAUAAUGUAUGCGUUCGCACCAGCAAACCCUCGUCCCGUUAUAAGCAUACAAAAUCUGUACGGCGCUAAGAAUACCGACGUGUCACCGAAAACGAAUCCCACACCACCACCACCACCGCCACCGCCGCAGCCAACACCAAACGCUCCACCGGAUCUAUGCGCCUUGAAACACGUUGACGCGAUAUUGCUGUUGGAAAGACGAAUGUACAUAGCAUACGGAAAACAUAUAUGGGCGAUUGAUAUAGAUGGAAAGAGCUACAACGAACCUAUGCUGCUUUCAAACUACAUGCCAUUCAUUCAUUCGAACUUCACGCGCAUUUCUGCCGCGUAUCAAACUCCAUCGGAUCACCUGAUUCUAUUCGUUGACGAUAGAAUUUAUAAACAACAUCAAUGA